CAUUCAGACACUCCCUUAGCGAGCUGCCGUCUCGAUGGUUGGUCGCUGAAUGUGGUUAGAAGAAAGCGCAGCUACUAGCUAGACAAGCUACGAGUCCCAUUCAGCGCAGUUCGUUCUCAUCCUGUUCAGCGCUACUUCAACGCUCAGAGACUUCCACGCGUUCAGGGCUAACACUUAUCGUGUAAAAAGCAUGAGGCUCUGAGGUCUGUGGAUGUCCAGCAGUCGGAGCUCUAUGAGGAGAAUGGACCUCAGAUGGAGAGAACCCGCGCCAGUGACACCCCCACACUGCCUCUCCCCAGCCACAGACCUGCUCGCCUCCUGAGCCCUCUGUCACACACACACACACACUCACCCCUCACACACACACACACACACACACACACACACUCACACACACUCUUUCACUCAUUCCUAACCCGGAUCUCACUUGACCCACCACUGACCCCACUGUCGCGGUCGCCGUCGCUGUCGCCACCACUGUCGCCAUGGUGAUGUGGAAGCUGUCGUCGCAGAAGCUGGGCUUCUUCCUGGUGAGCUUCGGCUUCAUCUGGGGCAUGAUGCUGCUGCACUUCACCAUCCAGCAGCGCACCACCCACGAGAGCAGCGUCAUGCUGCGCCAGCAGAUCCUGGACCUCAGCAAGCGCUACAUCAAGGCCCUCGCCGAGGAGAACCGCAGCGUCAUGGACGGGCCCUACGUCGGCACCAUGACCGCUUACGACCUGAAGAAGACUCUGGCGGUGUUGCUGGACAGCAUCAUGCUGCGGCUGGCGAGGCUGGAGACCAAGGUGGAGAACAUCAUGUACAACGGCACGGGGGGGCAACCUACCAACGGCACCAGCACCACCGCGCCGGGCGCCGCCAACGUCCCCGAGAAGGUCAACGUAGCCGACCUGCUGAACGGCGCUCAGGAGAAAUGUGAGUUUCCUCCGCUGGACGGCUUCCCCCACUGCGAGGGCAAACUGAAGUGGAUGAAGGACAUGUGGCGUUCAGACUCCUGCUACAACAGUUACGGUGUUGAUGGCUCCACAUGCUCCUUCUUCAUCUACCUGAGCGAGGUGGAGAACUGGUGUCCACGCCUGCCAUGGAGGCUCAAAAACCGGAACGAGGAAGAGGGCAAAGGCAUGACGGAGGUCCGUACCAGUUUUGACGAGCUGUACCGGGUGAUGUCACGACGCGAGGAGUUCCGCUGGAUGAUGCUGCGGAUCAAUCGCAUGGCCGAACCUUGGGUCAGCGCUGUCCGAUCCCUCGCAUCCAAGCAGGACCUCCACAAACGCAAGCGCAAGAAGAUCCUGGUUCACCUGGGCCUGCUCACCAAGGAGUCCGGCUUCAAGAUCGCCGAGAACGCCUUCAGCGGAGGACCACUGGGGGAACUGGUGCAGUGGAGCGACCUCAUCACUACCCUCUACCUACUGGGCCAUGACAUCCGCAUCUCUGCCUCGCUGGCUGAGCUCAAAGAGAUCAUGAAGAGGGUGAUGGGGAACAAGUCCAGUUGCCCCACCCAGGGUGAUAAGGUGGUGGAGCUCAUCUACAUUGACAUCGUGGGACUGACUCAGUUCAAGAAGACCCUGGGGCCCUCCUGGGUGCACUACCAGUGCAUGCUGCGAGUGUUGGACUCCUUCGGCACAGAGCCUGAGUUUAACCACGCCCACUACGCCCAGUCGAAGGGACACAAGACACCCUGGGGCAAGUGGAACCUCAACCCGCAGCAGUUCAACACCAUGUUCCCUCACACCCCUGACAACACCUUCCUGGGCUUCGUGGUGGAGCAGCACCUGAAUGCCAGCGACAUCAGGCACAUCAGCGACGUCAAGCGAGAGAACCAGUCCUUGGUCUACGGGAAGGUGGACAACUUCUGGAAGGACAAGAAGAAGUAUCUGGACAUCAUCCACCAGUACGCAGAGGUCCAUGCGACCGUCCAUGGAACCAGUACUGUGCACGUGCCCGGGUAUGUCCAGAACCAUGGCAUACUUAGUGGACGAGACCUGCAGUUCCUCCUGCGUGAGACCAAGCUGUUUGUUGGUCUGUCCUUCCCCUAUGAGGGUCCCGCCCCCCUGGAAGCCAUAGCCAAUGGCUGUGCUUUCCUCAACCCCAAGUUCACGCCGCCCAAGAGCAGUAAGAACACUGACUUCUUCAAGGGAAAGCCCACCCUACGAGAGCUGACCUCCCAGCACCCGUAUGCGGAGGUGUACAUCGGCCAGCCUCAUGUGUGGACCGUGGACAUCGAGAACCCCGUGGAGGUGGACAGGGCCGUCCGUGCUAUCCUCAGGCAGAAGAUCGACCCAUACCUGCCAUAUGAGUUCACCUGUGAGGGGAUGCUCCAGCGCGUCAAUGCCUUCAUCGAGAACCAGGACUUCUGCCACGGGCAGGUCAUGUGGCCGCCCCUGAGCGCCAUGCGGGUGAAGCUGGCGGAGCCGGGCCGCUCGUGUAAGCAGGUGUGUCAGGAAGAGCAGCUCAUCUGUGAACCCUCCUUCUUCCAGCACCUCAAUAAGGACAAGGACCUGGCCAGGUUUGGCAUUGACUGCCAGACGGUGGAGUCGUCGGGGGACACGGUGGUGCCGGCGUACAGCGAGUCCCGCAGACACUGCAUCUUCCAGUCGGACCUGCUGCUGUUCAGCUGUGCGGGCGCACACCCCUCCCUCAAGCGCAUCUGCCCCUGCAGAGACUACAUGAAGGGACAGGUGGCGCUGUGCCAGGGAUGCUUAUAGCCCACACACAUACACACACACACACACACACUCAUACACACACUCAUACACACAUACGGAUACACAUACACACACACAUAUACAUAUACAUACAGUAUGUGUCACGUGUGUCUCGUGCAAACAUGAAAUACCACCAGACACCAGCCCUGACAUCUUCUGCAGCAUACACACACACACAGACACAGACACACACACACACACACAGACACACAGACACACACACAC